GGAGGGAACACCCCAGAAAGCAGAAUAGAGCCGCAUUAAGAAGAGUAUAUACACCUGGCUUUGACUAUUUUCUACACACCUUCCUGUUUUUACUCAUAAAUCUCUUUUGUGCUGCAGGGAAAACCUUCCAGCUGUAUUCUCAUAACCUCAUCGGGCUGUUUGAGCAGCUGAAGAAGCCCGGCCUCGCCGCUCAGUUCCAGACGCACCGCUUCCCCGACAAAAUCCUGCCCAGGAGGUUCGCCCUGACGACCAAGAUCCCCGACACAAAGAGCUGCCAUAAGUGCUGCAUCGGUGAGU